UGCUUAUGCACUGUUACACAUUUUAGAAUUCUCUUACAAAUCAAUUUGUAACGAAUUAAGUGAAUAUAAUAUAAAAAAUUUCCGAUACCGUAGUGUAUUUUAACAACUGUUUUCAAUUAGUUCUUCAUUGAUUUCUGGAAAAUAUGAACGUAUUGAAUAUAAUAGUGUUUUCUUUGUUUUGUGUUUAUAGUAUCGCUGCAGAUUCGUUAGGAUCAAAUGAUCUAGCAAAUCUAUUUAUAAGGCAUUCUAGAGAUGAGUUGUUGGACUCAGAAGCCAAAGUAAUCGAAGAUAUCCUUCAACUGUACGGCCAUGUCUGGAACAAUGCACGGAGUGUAACAAAAGGCAUCCGCUGCUUUGUAUGCCGAGGUGCAUUCGCUGCGCUGAUGGCUCUCAUCAAACUGGACGUAUCCGACGAGGCGAUAAUCAACACUGCCACCAAACUGUGCUCUAUUGCAAUAUCUGAAAGAGUGUGCCGUGGAUUUAUCGGUCUUAACUUGCCUAUCUUGAAGUACAUAAUUAAAAAAACGCCACAAGCCACACCUAAAACAUUCUGCGGGGUUUUGCUCCAAAGUUAUCAGCAGUCUCACACGUGCGAGUAUGAUGAUCCCAGAUUUGAAUGGCAAAUCGAAUUGCCGCCGAAGGUGAACCAACGAGAUCACCUAUAUUAUGAUGAUGAUGACUAUGAUAAUAAUUUAUCACCUCUGACAGUGGCAGUUCUAUCAGAUAUACAUGUCGACAUGUUCUAUGAAUCGUCCGGAGUAGCUGAUUGUGACGAGCCAAUUUGCUGUAGAAAAGGUCAAACCCCAAGAGUAAAAAAUAUUCUGGAUAUAGAUGAAGACAUUCAAGAAUGUGUGGUUGAAAAUGAUGAAGAAAUAUUACUUGAUACUGAGGCAGCAUCAAAAAUAGUUAGAAAAGAUAAUAAAACUAGCAGAAGAAUGUCAGACUAUAACUCCAAACCAGCAGGUUAUUGGGGUGAUUAUAGAAAUUGUGACACUCCGUUAUGGUCCUAUGUAGAUGUACUUAAACAAAUUGCAUCCCAUAAGGAGAUAGACGUAGUUUACUACCUCGGUGAUAAUAUUGACCAUCACAUAUGGGAGACGACAUACGAACUAGUUGAUGAGGUCAAUAGUUUGAUUGCUGAUAAAAUGAAAAAUACUUUUCAAAGGGACAUAUUAGUAAUACCGACUAUUGGAAAUCACGAUUCUCAACCAGUGAAUCAAUUUGCGCCAACAUCAAUAACAGGCAAGGGAUUGAAUACCACUUGGCUGUACAAAAGUUUAGCUACUAAAUGGAGAUAUUAUUUGUCCAAGGAAGCAUCAGGAUCUAUGAAGUGUAGAGGAGGAUUUUCCAUGUUGAUUCGCCCCGGGCUAAGAGUGAUUUCUAUUAACAAUAACGUAGCUUACAAACUUAAUUGGUGGGUGUUAUACGAUCCAGUCAAUCCUAAAAGACAUUUGGAGUGGCUCGUGGAGGAACUGCAUAACGCUGAAUUAUCCGGGGAGAAAGUUCAUAUUCUGUCACACAUUCCACCCGGCGAUCAAGAUCUCAUUUACGUUUGGACUAGAGAAUAUGACAGGAUUGUUGAAAGAUUUUCAUCUACAAUUGUCGCACAAUUCUAUGGACAUGUGCAUUCAGAUGAUUUUAAGAUUUUUUACAAAGACGGUAAAGCCUUCAAUGUAGCGUGGGGCGCAGGCUCUGUGUCGACCUAUCAGAAUUUAAACCCUAAUUAUAAAAUUGUUACAUUUGACAAUGAUAACUUUGAGACCACAAGCAUCACUAACUACAUCUACAAUCUCACUGAAGCGAAUCUCACGCCAGACAAAAGUCCCCGUUGGUUUAAACUAUAUGAUAUGAAGGAUUCCUUCCAACUUCACGAUCUAUCCGCUACUUCGAUGAACCAGCUAGUGUAUUCUAUGGUGACUGACAGAAAGUUCCUUCUAGACGAUUACGCAGUGUUUUCGUCUAAGCAAAGUGAUUUGAUGCCGUACUGCGAUACUGAUUGUAAGAUUCAAAUGAUUUGCAAUUCCGUUACUAGUGUGUUAUGGGAUAGAAAGGAAUGUAAUAAGUUAAUAGAUCUUUAUUUUUCAUAAAUUUUACUUAUAAGAUUACAAAUAAAUAGUAAAUAACUAAUAAAAUUACAAAUAAAU